UAGCGGGGUAAAAUAGGUGGUGUGUUAUCCCUCGGGGUCAGAGUGGUGGCAACAGUGGUGGCGGCGGGGUGCAAUACGGUGUGCUUAGCGGCGUCAGUCUUGGGCCACACGUGCUCACUACAAACAUGGCAGAAAACGGCUUGGUCAGAGAGGAAAAGAAGGGCAAAGGGGAAAAGGUCAAAGGUGAAAAGAAGAUGAAGUACCUCGGGGAACUUCAACAGGAAUUGGACUUUCAAAUCAAGCCCAGUGAGGCCAAGGUGGAGACCAUCGACACCUCACAAUGGCCGCUGCUGCUGAAGAACUUCGACAAGCUCAAUGUGCGGACAUGCCACUACACUCCGCUGACCUACGGGUGCUCGCCACUGAAGCGCGACAUCACCCAGUACAUCAAGUCUGGCUUCAUCAACCUGGACAAGCCCGCCAACCCUUCGUCCCAUGAGGUAGUGUCUUGGAUCAAGCGCAUCCUGGGCCUGGAGAAGACGGGACACUCGGGGACGUUGGACCCCAAAGUGACAGGCUGCCUCAUCGUGUGUCUGGAGAGGGCCACGCGGCUUGUCAAGUCCCAGCAGAGCGCCGGCAAGGAGUAUGUGUGUGUCUUCCGCCUCCACGAGAACCUGAAGAGUGAUGACAGACUCAAACUGGCAUUGGACAAACUCACAGGGACACAGUUCCAGCGACCACCACUGAUCUCUGCGGUCAAGAGGCAGCUACGAGUCAGAAGAGUAUACAAAACAGACCUUCUGGAGUUUGACACAGAGAAAAAUUUAGGUGUGUUCUGGGUGAGCUGUGAGGCUGGCACCUACAUCAGAACUAUGUGCGUACACCUGGGUCUGCACUUGGGCACGGGGGCGCAGAUGCAGGAGCUGAGGAGAGUGCGCUCAGGUAUCCAGAAUGAGAACGACUCUGUGACCAUGCAUGACGUCCUUGAUGCCAAGUGGUUGUAUGAUCACCAUGGGGACGAGUCGUACCUACGGAAAGCCAUCAAGCCCCUCGAAGCCCUGCUGGUGAACCACAAGCGGAUCGUCAUGAAGGACUCAGCGGUGAAUGCAGUCUGCUACGGGGCCAAGAUCAUGCUGCCGGGCGUCCUCCGCUACGACAAUGGCAUUGAAAUGAACGAGGAAAUUGUCCUGAUCACAACUAAGGGCGAAGCUAUCUGUCUGGCCAUAGCCCUCAUGACCACAGCCACCAUGUCCUCCUGUGACCACGGCGUCGUAGCCAGGAUCAAGCGCAACAUCAUGGAGAGAGAUACAUACCCUCGCAAGUGGAGACUCGGCGCUAAGGCCAUUGAGAAGAAGAACAUGAUCGUGGCCGGGCUUCUCGACAAAUACGGAAAGCCCACCGACAAGACGCCCGCCGAGUGGCUCAACAACUACGUGGACUACAGUGUCAAGAAGGAGCCUCAGGACAUCAAGCAGGAGCCUUUGGCCAUCAAGCAGGACCCUGAUACACCCCAGCAGAGGAAGCGGAAACUAAGUGAAGGGUCGGUGGGCAAUACGACUAUGGAGGCGGGAGUAUCACCUCAGAGUGCUGCCCUCCUCUUGAAAAAGGAAAAGAAGCGGAAGAAGAAGGAAGCGAAGAAGGCAGCGGAGAUCCCUGUUCAGGAGCCAAAGGUAAGCGGAGGCUUUGAGGGAUCAGCAGAGGAGGCAGCUCUUGACACGUCCCUCACCAAAAAGAAGAAAAAGAAGAAGGAGAAGAAGGAGGAGGAACCAGACAGCCCAUCGUCAGACCAGGGCGGAGAGAAGAAAAAGAAGAAGAAGAAGGAUAAGAUCAAGGUGGAAGUAAAGGAGGAAGCUUGUGAAGAGAGUGCUGAAAAGAAGAAAAAGAAGAAGAAGAAGAAGAAGGACGAAGAGGACAAUUAGUAAUCAAAUGCAAGCUAUAUAUGUGUGUGAGUGGAUAAGUUUAGUAGACUCAUAAGACUUGGUGCUCAGUUUGCAGAGAAGUGGCACCUCCUCAUUUAAAGGUUCCAUACAAUGUCUGUGCUUUCUCAUGGCUGUGGGAAGGAAGAGUGGAAGGAAGGUGCAUGAACUAUCAAGUUGACGGCAGUGCCAUUACCCCCACAGUGGCCGUCGCCGAGUGGAGCAUUUAUUAGUCUGUCAACAGUUGCACUCUUGCUCAACCUGUGGGCUGCCUUGUGUGGGUGUGACUACUCAAGAGGGUUUCCUUCAUGCUGUGCUGAUUAAGACAAAUACAAAAUUAUGUAGAAUUAGUGAAAAAUAAUUUCUUAUUAACCCUUAGACUGCGGGUGUAAUUAUAUAGCUAUGGAGAAUAAAACCACCAAGGCAAAAUUUAACGUUUUUCACCUCUGAGAUUACUGAACGUAACUUAGCAAACUGCAUCGAGCUGAAAUCGGAAUAUUUUUUGCAUCUAGAAAUAUCAACACACAGCCAUUGCACUUUCUCCCGUGUUCCCACCUGCUGCUCCCACUAAACCUUGGGUGCAUAUACAUGUGGGAGUCGUGGGAGCAAAUACCCGUAUCCUAGAGGUGUUCUGACAUUUUUCCAAAAACUCCUCACUUUCCAUUAUCUAUAUCUCAGCUCUGCCUAAGCCCAUAGCUUUAAAUUAAUGGGUAUUUCCUUUAUCCAUCCUUCCUCUAAAGUCUGCCACAAACCUGAAGUCUAUGUCAAGUAGUUUCCAUGGUGGCGUGAUGAAGUGCAGUAAAUUUUAGCUCACAGCAGCCCUUUGUUCAGAGCAGUGUGUAGGUUGUGGGUGGCACAAUGUGGCAAUCGGCCCUCCCCCUCCCCAUGCUACAAAGCCCCUUCAUUACUCUCAUAUUUUGAAUUUGAUAAAACUGAAGGGUGGUGGGAUGCAUCAUCAGGUUUUCCAUCAUCACUUUCACCAUCAUAGUAAUAGAGAUUGAUCUACAGGAUGACCACCAAAGAGAUUUGUACAAUAACUGGGCUCAGCCUUCCUGAUAAGACGAGGGGUUGGAGUUCAACACUUCUGCCAUCACGGUGUUCACUCCUACCAGUACUUUCAAGGCUUGGAAAAGUUACUUUCAGCUCUCUUAAUUGCACUCACACAGAAUUCUUUUGGGAGUAAGAGGUGGCUUGUGAGGAGUUGAGGUCGCUGGCCGUGGAUACUUGAGCACGAAAUCAGACGAGGGAGAUCCAAAAAACUCCUGCCAUUGUUACAGUCACAGAAACACUGAGAAUGGCACAGAGGAGUUGUGUGGCAGCCUAGGAGUCACGCUGACCCAAAAAUACCCACGCAAACUUCAACAUAAUGGAGGAAAAAGGCAGACUGGAAAACCCGUCACCUUGUCUUUAGGGGUUAAGUAAGGAAUUAUUUCAAACUUUUGGCAAUUUGCUAUUAUUGGUUUCAGAAUUAUGUAUAUUAGUAAUUUUAAUCUAAGAAUUAGCUGCUUUUAUGUUUACAAAAUUGUGUAUUAGAAAGAAAUGCUUACAGGUGAGUGUUCGCCAAUAGCACAAUACUGACUUGCCAAACGCACUACGACCAGCCACGCCCACACGCUGACUGUGUAAACCACCAGCUGUGGGCAUUAAGUUUACGGAAUAACAAGAAGUUCCACUACUAGAUGUCUUCAGGCCAAACAAAGUUUCCAGAGUAUAAACCUCAAUUUUAUAGAUUUUUUUUUUUUGUAUUUCAUUACGAUUUCUCUCCCUAAGUAAGAAAUGCUUUUAAACUGAGAAGUUGCUAUUUUUUGGUUAAAUACAUUUAUAGGUGUUGUAAAUAGGUUUUUUACAUAUAAUUUCUCUGCCUACCUACUAGGCAUUUGCUGGCUGUGUGUUUAUGAAGGCCCUCAGAUGUUUGUAUAGUUAGGGUAAGAGUUUUUUUCACUGUCCAGCCUGUGCAGGAACUUAGUUCCUGUUGAUGAUGAUGAUGACUGUUCCCUGUGUGAGCGGCUCACUGCCAAGGGGAGCCAGGCUUCAUUAUCACCAAGCCUAGCUAUUCCAAGUCCUGCAAGUGUUCAGACAAGUCUUUAGAGUUUAUCCAGUUAAUUCCAAGUGUCAGAUCAUGUCUUUCUAUCCUCAGUGAUGUUCAUCAGUACAUAUUUACUACUAACUGUAACAACACUUAGCAAUCAAGUCUUGCACUCCAUAGUUUAUUUUUUGCUGGUACAGUAAUGCCUAAAUUAUGGAAGCAGUGAUAAGUCUAUAGUAGAGGAAUCAAUGUAUAGAUGAUAAAGUGCACCAAAGUGUAAAUACAAAGAAUUAUACUCGGUUCCAUUCCAUCUGUCCACUCACAAGCGCAGAUGUGGCACGUGCAAAUUGCAGGAUGGAGUGAAAAUAGUAUCCAAUAUUUUUGGCUACAUGUGAUAAAUAUUCAUAAUAUCUUCAAUAAUACAUUUCAAUGCCAAUUUAUUUAAAACCCUCACACCUUAUAUAAAUCCCAGAUAUGGCAAUUUGCAUUGAUAUACCUUGCAAGCCUGCAACCAACUGUAUAGUCAGAUCAUAAGUGACUGAACAGUGCGCUUUAGAUAAUUAUGCUAUAUCUCAUUUAAGGUACAUAAAAAGACAUGGCUCUUUAGGUGCAAAUAAAAGGCAUUAAUUUAUUGCAUGUAAAUCACAUAGUUUAUAAAAAUAGCAUGAAAUAUUGUUUUCUGAAAGAAAAAAAAAAAAAAAAUGCUGGUUUGAAUUUUACCCAUGUGGUUUACAUGCAAUAAAGUAAUAACCCGGUAGCUGCUGCAAUCAUGUUUCUUAAAGACCCCUCUAAGCGAAUUAAUGAGAAAAAACCAUCACUCACAAACCAUUAUAUGUAUCAAUGCAUUUGCGAUCAAAUGCAUAUAUAUAUAUAUAUAUAUAUAUAUAUAUAUAUAUAUAUAUAUAUAUAUAUAUAUAUAUAUAUAUAUAUAUAUAUAUUUUUUUGGGGGGGGGGUUAUGUUAUGGCAAGAAAUCAGCCUGUCGCUGGUACACAGUAAAGCCAUAUAAUUGGCCCAUCGCUGCUACCGGGUUAAAACACCUUUUACUUGCACUUACAGAGCCAGAUGUCUUUUUAUUUACCUGAAAUUAAUAAGGAAAUAGUUUGAAUAUUUACCACAAGUAGCAAAUAAUACAGAUAAGUUUUAACCCACUCACAAGUCUGCAAUGUGCUUGUUCCACAUCAGUGAAAUUCUUGCUUGUGGACGGACAAAUGAAAUAAAACAGAGACUAUAGGCAAGAGGUGUAUUGCUAGCCAUACUGCAGUGACACUUUUGACCUUCACAAAUAGGUCAUUCCAGUAUAUGCAAUUUGUGUCCGUUGUGUAUGAUUUAAUUAAGAAGUGACUGUUCCCUGGGAUAACACGAGUGUGCAAUGUGAAGUGUAGCUGAACAGUGCUGCUGCUGCUGCCUAGGUCCCCCCAACCCUUCCACCUUCAAGGAGCAGCACACCAGCCGUGACUCCAGCCUAGAUCCACUUCCGGCUCAUCUCAGUUGUGUUCACAGGUGGCCUCAAGUGAUAGUGUCAUGGACCACUUCACUAAGUUUAAAAAGUUUAUAAUAAAGCUGCAAAACAUUAAA